GCAUUGUACUGUGACACACAACGCAGUCUAGCCAAUAUUAUAUUAAAUAUACAGCAUCUUAGAUAGAGUGCAUAUCUACUUCAUAAUUUAUACCAAACGGUAUAUGAGGAUAUAAAAUUCUAAUUGCCAAACUAGACAGACAAUUUAUGCUGUCAAUUUAUUUCAACGAUUUCAAAUAUUCAAAAUAUCAAUAAAUUUUUUAAUGGAUUACGUAAUCGAAGCGGAUGUUGACGAACCCCGCGAAGGAGACUAUGAUAUCGACUAUGAAUGUAUACCAGGUGACAACAAGAAAAGAGUGAGAUUUGGAGAGAAUAUUAAUUUAAACGGAGAAGGACACAUUUCUCAUCCUUAUACUCCUAACCAUAAUAUUAGGAUUAAUAGUACUAGCAACAACAAUAAUAGUGACUAUAACACGAAAAUUUCUGAAGGUAAAUAUAAGAGUGCGUAAUUUUGUGUCACAGAAUUUCUAAGCGAUUAUUAGCUAAUAUUCAGAUUAAGCUAUUUAAUCCUUAAAUCUACUGUCUAACAACUAAACCAAUUAAAAAUUUAUGAUAAAGAUAUAAUAGAUAUAGAGAGAGAGAAUAUAGAGAACGCAUUUAUAAGCAGUUUCAUGCUUUAAUUAGUAACAAAUCUUACCUUUUGACCCAAAAGAUUGUGAACAAGAGUUAACUUGUUCAUUUAACAAUUGGAUUAACGUUUUCUUUAUCUAGGCUCCAAAAAAAAAGCGAAACAAGAAUGUUUUCUAAUCGAUUAUAAUAUUCUUUACUUAGCAUUAAAUAGAACUAGUUAAAUUUAUUAGUAUUCAUAAAACAUAUCAACCUAAAUCGUCAUAUAAGAAAAAUUCUUUAAUAUUCAAAAAUGAGGAAUUUUUAAUCUAUAAAGAAUUUUUUCUCUUGUCUAAUCUGACAAUUGGUACAUUGGCGGAUAUUUCUUUUAUCUUAGUUUCAUAAAUAAGUCAUGUGUCAUAAAUUAAAUAUGUAACGAAAGAGAAGAGAGAGUGAGAAACGCAUUGAAAGACCACGUUAAAAGCAGUAAAUCAACGUUUUUCAGGUUAAACAAAGCGAAGUAUUAUUGAAUUGGUGGAAUAAGUGCUAUUAAAAAGUUUAACAUCACUUAAUAUUGAAUUCUAAAUUGGUUCAUAAAAGUAUUCCGAUUUUGCAUAUAUUCUAAUAAUUCUCAUAAUUCGCUUCGUUCUCUUUCGUUAAAGAGACAAGUUUUGAGUUUGAGAAAAUAUCUUUUUAUCUUUAAUAUGAGUAAUAAGAUAUAUUAUUAAUAGUAGCAUCAAGCAUAUAUUUUACCUGUAGAUUAUAUCGAUUACGCAAUAUGAAGUCCACCUAUAUUAAAAAUAUAAUAGCUAAAAAAAUGUUGAAAGAUUGACUGAUAUCUCUAAAACAUUAAAUAUAUUAGCUAUUUUAAAACUCUUGUCAUUUCCCAAGCCUAUUCCUAGUUCAUAUAUAUGUCAUCCUAGUUUAUUCGAAUUGUUUUCUUUGUCAUAUCAUUAAAUGGUCAUAAUUUAACUAUGGUAUUCAUUUGAUAAUAAUGGAUUGGGUCUGUCAAUGUAAUUUUCCAAAUUGAUUUGCCAUGUAAGUGUAUUUUAUAUUGAAUAGGGAAAAAAUGAAAGACUAAUUGGGAAUAUUCGUAUUUUUCUUUAAGGAAGGAGAGGAAAAUAAACCUUUAUCACAAUUAUAUGAGAAUGAAAUAUAUAUUUAUAGCAACUCCAAUAAAUAGUCAUUUUUCCCUCCUUUCCUAUUUUCCUCUUACUAAACAAUAUACCUGUGUUAAGAAUUAAUUAACUAAGAGUUUAAUAAUUUUAACUUUUUUGGAAUAUGAUUAAAGAAUUGUGAUAGUUUUUUAUUAAUUUUUUAUGAAUAGAGUAUUUUUUUUACUCUAUUGAUUAUAUGGCUUAUUUUAAUUACAAAAAGUGAUGUAAUCAAUCAUAUAAGUGAUAUUCAUCUUCUAUUCUAUGAAUAUUUAAAUAUUCAUUUUUGCACAAUAUUUACUAUGUUACUCCUAUUAAUAUAUAAAUCUGUUGUAUAUGUAUAUUCUGUGCAACAAAUCAGUUUAGGCUGAUGAAGCGAAGAUAGUGAAUUGUAGACUGUUAAAUCAUUAUAAUUAUUUUAUUGAAGCGUGAAAUACGUUUUUUGGAAGGGGAAAAACUUGUUUGUAGUAUAGGGGGGUUUUUUGAAGCAAUUAAGGAAAAAUUAUUUAUAAACCUUCAAGGGUGUUCUUUCAAGCCCUACAAUAAGAAUUAUAAAGCGUUUAUAAGCCUAAAGAAAUUAUUGACUAGACAAGAAUUUGUUUACUUAUCAACCAGGUGACAUUGAUUCAAGUUCUCUCGCAACAACAACGACAUCUAGCGGUGAAUUCUCAAGCAACGUUGAACAGAGUUCUAUAGCCAAUCUAAACGAAACAAAGAAACACUGGGAACAGUUUGCAGCUGAAUCGGAAAAUCAAAAUAACGCCAAUAUUCAAGAGAUGAACGAGGAGUUGGUAGACAGCGCCAUCGAUAGGGAAAUUAAGGCGACGAAUGAAAGGGAAUAUCAAUUGAAAAAAGAGAGAGAUAUGUUGAUUAAUUCUCAGGAUUUUCAAGAAAUGACUGAAGUUGAUCGCGAUACCCACGCUCAAAGUGACGUUAUUGAAGAGGACGACUUGGCCGAUGAUUUAGAAAGAAGUCUUGAUAUUAAUGAAAAAAGUGUGGUAAGAGAAGAAUCUCUGAUUGAACGGGAAAUAAGAUUGGCAAAAGAGAGGGAGGAAGAAUUGCGUCAACAGCGUACCUCUUUGGCGCAGAACAAGUGCUCUCCACCCUCGACGCCUGUAACUCCAAUAAAAGCGAAGCCUACUCCGAAAUUUUCCAAUAGUACGCCGCCUACGCUUCCAUCAACCCCGUCUUCCGUUCAUACGAAUUCACCUACAACUUCUGGUCGAUAUGAAAAUUCAACAAGAAUGAUUGAAUCGAGAUUAGCCAGAGAACUAAGAGAACAAAGGGAAAAAGAAGAUGAAUUGCGAAGUCUUAGAAAACAGAUGGGAUUGUUUACAGAGGUUGAUGGUGUCGAAACGACUCCUAUAUUACCAAACGUUCCGAAAGUUGAAACUCCUCCUCCAACCCCCGAAGUUGCUAUUUCUCCUGCUCCGUUUGUUGAGACUACCCCUCCUCCAGAUUCGCCGCCACCUUCUCGAAUUAAGGUGGCACCCUUACUCGAAGAAGACAAAACCGACUUGAGUCAAUUCGCAACCGUUUCGAGUGAAACACCUAUCGAAAGAGAAAUAAGAUUAGCUAGAGAGCGGGAGGAGAGUUUUAGGAGAGAGAAAGGUAUUAAACUAAAGGCUUAUCAAGAAGAGCAAAUCAUGAGCGUUCCCCAACAAAAACCUAUCGAAGAAUCACCAAACAACUUAAAUAAGGCCAAUCAGAGUCAGAGCUAUAAAAAAUGGGCUCACACUAGAAUACAAAACGAAAUAAAACUAGAACAGGCUAGAGAAGAAAAUUUAAGGCAUCAAGGUCGUAUAAUUAGUACUUCUAAAGAUUACGAACCCGAUAGGAAAAAGUAUCAGGAAGUUGCUCCUGUUGAAGGUUCACCCUCAUUCAGGAGAGUUAAUGGUUCCCCAACCAAGAUACACAAUGAUAUUCAACCAAAAAUAAAAACUGAAGAAAUUAAUCGUAAAUUAUCUGAUGUAUCUCAACCAGAUUCACCGGACGUAUCGGUUAAAAGCGAGCCCGAGCCUGUGGUUGUAGUACCUAAACCACCUCCGCCUAAAGAUAACGUUCCAAAACCAAUAAGCACCAGUUCGUCAAUGAACUUUCAACAUUCUUCGGUUCAACCGACUAGUGUGAAAAGAUCUACAAGCGAAAGCUUAAUAAGAUCCUCACCCAGCGGACAAGACCGAAUAGAAAGAGAAGUGAGAGAAAUGAAAGCAAGAGAGAUUGAACUAAGAAGGCAAAGACAUUCACUUGGCAUCUAUCAGAAUGAACUGAUAGCAGAUGACGAAUUAGACUCUGAAAUAUUCUCUCCAACAAUCUCCUCCCAAUCAACAGAUGUUAAUUCAGCUGAAAGAAGUCGAAGAAGAAGUAAGCUAGAAGCUGAUUGGCAGCAAAAAAUUCAACAGAGUUUGCAUAACUAAUAAAAAUUUUGUCAUAUUUAGUUUAUCAGUGAUUUCUGCUAAACAGUUGGUUAAAUGAUUUAAUUAAUAAUUACAUAAUCUCUAAUCUAUAUACAGUAUAUAUAUAUAUAUAUAUACAUAUAUAUAUACAGUAUAUCAAUAAUGUCCUAUUGUUUAAGAAUUGUAAGAGUAUUUUUGUCUUUUUAUUUUCGUCAACAAGACCGUAGUAAAGAAAAAAAUAUCACAUUGUUUAGAAAAUAAUUAAUAUACAGUAGUAUUCAAGUUUUGAAGGAUGAAAUAAUAGUAUACAAAUAAUAUAAUUGUUAGUUUUUGCUCCUCCUCCAACUCCUCUCCGCCCAUCUUCUUUUGUUCACUAUCUUUCUAAUUCUUUAUAGAUACACCUUUUUCAAUUUUUAAAGUACGGAGAAAGUGAAAAAUAACAUAUAACAAUACAUAAAUUUCUUAAGGAAUUCUUAUCCCUUAAUUUCAACAUUUUAAUAUUAAAGUCUCUUAUUUAUUAUUACUAUUAUUAUUGCACUUUGAAACUACUCAAUUAAAU